GCGACUCAAUCCGAUAGUAUAUCGAUAAGCCAUUUGGUCUGUCACCUUGCACAUCACUUUUGUCAACAAACUACAACAAAGUUCUUUUUAUGAAAACAAAUAAAUUUUGGGCCGUUAUAAGCGAUGGGCAAGCUAAGAUUUUUUGGUGACUAAAGGUGGAUUCUAAUAUCCAUCGUUUGCCCACAGUUUGCAAUGAGUAAGCAAAAGUAUACGGAUUUACUGAGGGAUGACGAUCCACUUUUGUCCCAUGAUGAGUUACUGGAGGUCGGAAUUGCGGAGCUGCAACUUAAACUGGAUAAAAUCUUGGACAAUCAAAAUGAAAUCCUAGCGCGCCUUUGCCAGGUGGCUCACAGCAGGGCGAACGGCGAAUUUUACAAGGUGGAACAAGACUAUUUCCCGGUUACGGAUCCUGAAGAACUGUCAAAUCUCGACGAAAAUCUUUCCAAGCCGGGCAAUAUAUAUACAAACCUAAUUCACCGCAUUCUAAGACCAGAGGGAAGAAUAGAACCCCUAAAAAAGAAUUUCUCAAAAAUGUUCGAGUACGAUAUUCUAAUGGCGUACAACUACGAUGGUGUGAGCACUAAACAGUCCUUUAAACAGUACAAAAACAUAAAUAAAACGAUUUUCGGGAUCUUAAAAACGGAUGGAUACACCCAAGCGGACUACGUUGCCGAUAUAAGAGCUGCCUUUCACACGUUAAAGCGUCGAUAUCACAAAAGAAACCAUGAUUUAAGGAGGCGAAUUAAACGGACCCAAAAAGGACAGCCGGAGUCUGACUGGGAGUAACUGAUAUAUAGAAUUUAAUGUUGUUUUAUAUCAGGCGCGCAAACAAUUCAUUUAUUUGCAAAGUUUAUCUCAACGAAAGGAAUGAAAAGCCAAACUGGUUUUUGGCUUUCUUUUGUAAGUUCUGUUCUUUCCAUUUUAAUGAGGUUAUUUUUGGCUUACAUAGCACCUCAAAACGCCAGACUUUCAAACCGUAACGUUCUGGUCGACAUCCCCUUGAAAAAAUACGGAUCAAUGAUUUCACCACUCAAUAAGGCUAAGCUUGUUUUAAAAAAUUAAGAAUUACUAUUAAUUAUAACUAUUUAUGUGAUUUACUUCUUUAUAUACCCUUGCAAAAGGUGUUAUAAUUUUAGUCAAAAGUGACAAGACAAUUCCGACUCUAUAAAGAAAAUAUAUUGUUUAUUAGAAUCAACAAUAAAAUCGAUCUAGCAAUGUCCGUCAGAUCGUCCGUUGGUUUCUACGCAAACUAGUUUUUUAAUUUUUAAAGCUACUUGUAUGAAACUUUCUCAAAGUCUUCUUUCUUUAUCAAGUAGUAAAUAUGUCGGAACGGACCGGAUCGGAUGACUAUAACAUAUAGCUUCUAUAAGAACGAUCGUUAAAUGUAUCGCAAAAAAAUUGGUUUUAAGUUAACUUUUGUAAAAUGGAAAAGUUCUUAGAGAACAUUGUUCGUAAAACAAUUAUUUUGUUUAUUUUUCUUUGGGACUUGCUAGGGUACAAAUUAUCAACUUGCUUAUUAGACACAUCUUAAUAUAGAAAACUAAAGGCAAUUAUAGUUUUACUGUACCUUGGGUACUUUUGUUUCUAGCUUUAAAAAGCUUUUACAA